CUUGCUUUGGUAGUGAAAAUGGCAGUGACUUUCAUAUUCACAUUUUCUCUGGCAUCGCUAUUUGCUGCUUCAGCUCUUGCUGCCAUUCAGAUCGGGUUGCCAGAAACUUACCUCCAAAAUGGGAACUUUGAGGAGAAGCCAGACCCCAGAAACCUCAAAAAUACCAAACUCAUUGGGAAAUUUGCUCUUCCAAAAUGGGAGAUCAGUGGUGUGGUUGAGUAUGUCUCUGGGGGGCCACAACCUGGAGGAAUGUACUUCCCAGUUAGUCAUGGAGUGCAUGCUGUGAGGCUCGGAAAUGAAGCUUCAAUCUCCCAAAGCAUCAAGGUCAAACCAGGUAAGUGGUAUGCUUUAAUACUUGGAGCCUCAAGGACUUGUGCUCAAGAUGAAGUUUUGAGGAUCUCAGUGCCUCCCCAAACUGGAGAUGUUCCUUUGCAGACCCUUUAUAGCCUCAAUGGAGAUGUUAUUGCUUGGGGAUUCAAGGCCACUUCUGCUUUUGCCAAAGUGACAUUCCACAACCCUGGAGUUCAAGAAAACCCUGCUUGUGGUCCACUCUUGGAUGCCAUUGCUAUCAGGGAGUUCAACCCUCCAAGCUCUUCAAAAGAUAAUUUGGUUAAAAAUCCUGGCUUUGAGGAAGGUCCAUUCCCUAUUUUUAACUCUACUAAUGGUGUUCUGAUCCCUCCCAAACAAGAGGAUCUUGAGUCUCCACUCCCUGGUUGGAUUGUUGAAUCCCUCAAAGCCGUGAAGUUCAUUGAUUCUAAGCAUUUCAAUGUCCCAUUUGGACGCGGAGCAGUAGAGCUUGUCGCUGGCAGGGAAAGUGCCGUUACACAAAUUCUCAGAACAGUUCCUAACAAAGUCUACAACAUGAAAUUCACAAUUGGAGAUGCCAAAAAUGGCUGUCAUGGAUCGAUGAUGAUUGAAGCAUUUGCUGCAAAAGAUACCCUUAAAGUUUCCUUCAAAUCUGAAGGAGAAGGUAAAUUUAAAACUGUGAGUUUCAUGUUCAGAGCUGUUGCAAACGAAACCAGAAUCACAUUCUAUAGCUCUUUCUACCAUACAAGUGUUCAUGACUACGGAUCUCUUUGUGGCCCUGUUCUUGAUCAAGUUAUAGUGAACCCUGUCACCUAA